AGAGCUCUGCGCACCGGAGAGGUGCAGGCCCCACCAGGCAGUGUGAAGGAAUGGAAUCCACGCUCCACUGACUCUUGGUUGACUGCUAAGGCCUUGGAAAAGAAGCUGCUGACCACGAUCCUGGCCAGUGGAGCAGACAUAGGAGUCUCGAACCUCCCAUUGGCACGUCAGGAUGCUGCUGCUCUGCCAGGCUCUCGCUGUAGCAGUCAUCCAGAUUUUCAUCCUCGCAGAACACCGGACACUCGCCAAGAACAUCAACUUCUAUAACGUGAGGCCUCCUCUGGACCCAACACCGUUUCCAAACAGCUUCAAGUGUUUUACCUGUGAAAACGCAGGGGAUAAUUAUAGCUGCAAUAGAUGGGCAGAAGACAAGUGGUGUCCACAAAAUACCCAGUACUGUCUGACCGUUCAUCACUUCACCAGGCAGGGCAGGAGUACCGCCAUCACCAAAAAGUGCGCCUCCCAGAGCGAAUGCCAUUUUGUUGGCUGCCACCACAGCCUGGACUCGGACCACACAGAGUGCCGGUCUUGCUGCGAAGGAAUGAUCUGCAAUGUGGACCUGCCCACCAAUCAUACGAACGCCGUCUUUGCGGUCAUGCAUGCGCAGAGGACGUCUGAUGGCAGCAUGCACGUGCUCCACCUGCCAGUCCUUGUCGGGGUCUUCAUGCUUCCCUUGCUAUGACGAUACCAUCCUUCAAAGUGGCAGACACCCGUCUUCAACCGCCCACACGGACAAACUGUGUACACGGUGAACUUUUGAGUAAAGACCAACUUGGCAGCUGGUGAAGAGGGCACAUUGGAGCCCAGCGCAGUCAGUUGUUUGCUUAGCUAAGGCGUGAGGUCACAGGAUUGGGAGGAAGGGGAUUCUUUAGUCUCCAGGUUUCCUUGUUGGGGGGGGGGGGGCUGGCUCGCUGUUGUCAGUUCUGCAAGAAGGAUCCUUACAACAUCUAUAAGGAGGUGCAGUAGACUAGAGAGCCACCACCUGACCAGGCCUUCAGCUGCAAGGACUUCUUGACCCCACAGAACCCCUCAGAGGCUGCUGGGUCCAACCCCCUCAGUGCUGUGAUUUGCUUAGAGCAUGAUUAUGAAAGCUAGCCCUUCCCCAGGAUGCAAAAGCAGUGUCCCCUUCAACGACAUGGUAAGCGGGAAGGGCAGGGCAGAAGAGAACUGAUAUGAAAUCUACUUGAUAAUCGUGGGAGGGGAAAUAAAGCUUUUAAAUUA